AUGUCGACGCGAACGUCUCGCCCGUCCCGGCUGCUCUCCCGACUCAAGCGCGCAUUGAAGCACGGCUACAUUGAACAUCCUCAAGCUGUUAAGCCCGUAUCAUGCCCUCCGGCCCUGGACCUUCCAUAUGAGCUCACAGAAGCGAUAUUCUUCCACUACGUGGAGGAGUGCGAUCCAGAUCCAUCGCUGCUCGCUACCGUAUGUCGGCAUUGGCGCAGCAUCGCCCUCUCGACGCCCGCGCUCUGGACGCACAUCCAUCUCCAACCACCCACCCAUGUGUCGGACCAGCAAUGGACCGCAUUCCUCGCGCAUCUGAUCCUGCGGCUGUCGCGCACGCGAGACCUGCCGCUGUCGAUCUCGGUGCUGCUCGAGCAGCACAGUCGCAGCGGGAGCGGGCGACUGCCGCGCACGGAUCCCGGGCGCCUCGUGGAGCUGUUCGUCAACCUUCUGGGGCACGCUGAGCAAUGGCGCACGCUCGAGAUCGCGGCGCCGAGCGAGGCCGCGACCAUCUUCCGCCGCUGCACGGAGUUCAUCCCCGACCUGCCCCGCCUCGAGUCGCUGACGCUCGAUCUGUGGUCCCGCGAAGAAGAAGAAGAAGUCUUGAUCCACCACUCCUGGGGCUCCGAGUUCAUCGCCGUCGCGCCCCGCCUCGUGCGCCUGCGCGUGUUCGCGCACGCGCUCUGGUGGGUGCCCCUGCACGACGGGACGCCCCGCGUCACGCCGGGGCGCAACGGCCACCCCGAGGACGUGCACGUGGCGUUCGCGUGGCGGCAGAUCACGCACUUCACGCUCGAGGUCCACGAGGCGCGCACGACGUACCAGGACCUCAUCCUCCACAAGCGCCUGCCCAACCUCGUCUCGCUCGAGCUGAUUGACGCCGGCGUGCAGCCGCCGAGCACGCCGGCGGCCGCGGAUAUCGUCGCGCACAAGAACGCCGCGAAGCUCCUGACGCUGAAACUGACGCUCCCGGCGGUCGAGUGCCCCGCUGCGUGGCUCGCGCGGAGCCUCUCCGCGCCCUCGCUGCAGACGCUCGAGAUCAGCGAGCUGCGGACGGAUCCGGGGGGCGAGGGCCCGCACGAGGGCGGCGGCGGCGGCGGCGGGGGCGGCGACUGCUUCACACUGCGGCGCCUGGCCGAGACGCUCAACGCCUCCCUCCUGCACACCCUCUGCUUCUUCCGGGUGAACCUCGCCGUGGUGCUCAACGUCGCCCUCGGGGCGCCGUCCGUUCAGGUCCUGCGCGUGCGCGACAUGGACACGCGGACCGGGGACGAGAGCGACCUCAUCCUCGAGCUCGGUUCACCGCGCCAGCACGUCCUGCCUGACCUGCGGGAACUGACUUUUGGGGAUCCAACGAGCUUCGUGCAGCUGGACGUGCUCGACAGCCUCUUCGCUGCCCGCGGCGGCCCCGGUGGCCAGGCGGCCUAUCGCGCGCUCGAGGCAUUCCGGUACAUCUAUCCGGUCGAUUCUGAAUCGAAUCCCGAUGUCGUCUCGUACAUUGAGCACAUCCGCAGGCAUACCGAGCGGUGGGAAGAUGGGAGGAAUAUGGUCUUUGUUGGGUUGGAGUCGAACGCGGUCUUCUGA